CAAUUCUCGUUUCCAAUGAAAGCCGAACCUCUUCUCACUUCCCUUUGAAGAUUCAUCUUCAUCAUCAUCUCAUUUUGAUGGUGGGUUUCUUCCAAGAACCCUGUGAUGAGCAAGAUAGACUGAGGGAUUGAUUGUAAGACUUAUUUAGGUCAGUUUUCCCAACUUGGAAACAUUGAUUAUUUUCGAAUUUGGAAAACAUGGACAUAAGAAGCCCCAGCAAAUCCUCUUCCUCCAAUAAGAGAUUUCAAUCUGGUGCUGAAGAUGAAAGCCAUGCAUCUGCACUAACUCAAUCAAAUGAGUCAAAGUCUAAUCUUCCUGAGACCGCACAUCCCUGGAAUAAAGAAUCCCAAAGUGUCUCAGGCUUCGGAAACCAGAAAACACUGAAGUUGCUAGAAUGCAUCAAAUUAAAGAAUUCCGUGUCAUCUUUGUUAUCUUUCCAAAAUUUGACAGCUCUGGAGGUGUCAAGAUGUCAUGAAUUAGAAAUUUUAGUAACUCCCUCAAUAGCUAACAGCAUGGUGCAACUCAAAAGAAUGAGCAUAACUGAUUGCAAGAAGAUAGAAGAAAUCAUAGCACGUGAGGGCGAAGAAGUGGAGAAGGAAAUUGUUUUUUCCCAACUGAAGUCUUUGAGAUUCCAAUGGUUACCCAGCCUCAGGAGUUUCUGCUUGAGCAAGUACUCCUUCAAUUUCCCAUCUUUGGUUGAAUUGAUUGUAAAAGAAUGCCCUAAAUUGGAGGUUUUCUCUCAUGGUAAGAUAGACACUCCAAACCUGCGAAAAGUAUGUCGAACAGGAGAAGAUAAGGGGUACUGGACAGAUGACCUCAAUACCACCAUAAAAAUGCUUUAUGCAGGAAAGAGAGAGCGUUUGGAGGAGUUGGGGUCCCUGCGUUGGAGUUUAGCUAACCUUUGGGGUCCCCUUAUCUGGUGAAGGUCUAUGAGUGUCAUCUUCAAUUUGAAAGCCUUCCAAUUCAAAGUGUAUUGAAAUUAUGGCAGGUUUUAGUCUCCAUUUCUAGUUUUCUGCUCUGCUAGCAUUUAUUUUCCCAUUGGUUUGGAUGGUACUUGAGAUAUUAAUUAAACAAUCAUGUUGUCA